AUGGAGCUAGAAAAUGAAAUUAUCAGCUCCUCCAGCAAUUCUUCGGCAGGCUCCAGAGAGUACAAGGUGGUGAUGCUAGGAGCAGGGGGAGUUGGCAAAAGUGCAAUGACAAUGCAGUUCAUAAGCCAUCGGUUCCCUGAGUAUCAUGAUCCAACUAUAGAGGAUGCCUAUAAAACUCAAGUCCGAAUUGAUGAUGAACCAGCCUAUUUGGACAUUCUAGACACUGCUGGACAGGCAGAAUUCACAGCCAUGAGGGACCAAUACAUGCGAGGUGGAGAAGGCUUCAUUAUCUGCUAUUCCAUCACAGAUCGCCAAUCCUUUCAAGAAGCUGCUGAGUUUAAGGAACUCAUUUAUCGUGUCCGGCACACCUAUGACAUCCCCUUAGUGCUGGUGGGAAACAAAAUAGAUCUUAAAGAGUUCAGACAGGUCUCAACUGAAGAAGGAAUGAGCUUAGCCAGAGAAUAUUCCUGCUCCUUUUUUGAGACUUCAGCUGCUCUCCGCUUCUACAUUGAUGAUGUCUUCCAUGGACUAGUGAGGGAAAUCCGAAGGAAAGAGUCCUCAUUGCCCAUAGUAGAGAAGAAGAUGAAGAGGAAGGAUAGUCUGUGGAGAAAGCUGAAAGGAUCCCUGAAGAAAAAAAAGGAAAGUACAACCUGA